AUUUAGGUGUCAUGGUCUAAAGCCUAAACCCAUCUUUCUUUCGGACCCACUUAGCCAGCCUUCUUGCUCAAGCUCCCAAAAGAUUUCAACAUUGGCUGGCUCAGAAGUCACACCACUUGAAAAGGCUAAACAAAAAUUUCCACCCAAAAAAACAGGAGAGAGAAAAAUGGUGUUAGAAAAGGGAUUACAAGACAAGGAGGGAUGACCAUUUCAAGGCCAAAAGUGGACUAAUUUCUGUUGACUGUCCAUCUUCUUCAUUUGGAAAUUGGAAUAGUAGUAUUACUAUUAGUUAACGUCUAAAAGAGGUUACCUUUCCUUCACACAAUUGGUUCUUCCCUAAUUUCAUGGGGGGUACAUUAUUGUUUCAAGGUGUAUAAAUCUCUCAUUUUCCCUAUGAUAUUUUGCAUGUAUUAUGAAUUAGAGUAUUAAUUUGAGCCAAAGUUGCAAUCUUUUCUGAAAUGGGUGAUCAAGAUUGGAGUUUUUGAGGUAAAUUCUAUUCGAAUUGGAUAUAAUUUUUUUGCUGUUGUUGUUUUGGGUAUGAUGGAUUGAUUACUGAAGAAUCCCUCUUUGAAAUGUUGCUAUACUAUACAUAGACAAAUAGUUAAUUAGUGCUCAUUCUUUCACUGUUGCUUGCCCAAAUGGGUGUUUUGAUGCAAGAAUAGGGUAAAUUGGGAGAAACCCAUUUCAAUUUUAGAUUAGAAUAUUCUAUUUUUGGGCAUUUUGAGUUAAGAAGAAGGGGAAAUUGUUGAUGGGUAUUCAUUUCUGAGCUUAUAUGUUGGUCAUUGGUAGUUGCUUGAAUAGAGAAAUUUCUUUGUGGGCAUUUCAUUCAUAUUUGCUGGUUGUUUGAGGAGAGAUACUCAGAUUAUAGGAUAAACCCAAGAUUUCGGUAUUAGUCAAUAGCAAACUGUUAUGUCAACUGGAGUUUGUGGCUCUAGUUUGCUAGUAGAUCUACCUGAUGAUAUUCUUGCUAUCAUUGGGAAGUCUCUUUCAGCAAGGGACAUUUGCUACCUUGGCCUGUGUUGUAGGAGUCUUAAUUCCCUUGCAGCCUCAGAUAAGAUAUGGCUAACUCAGUGUGAAAUUGUUGGGGUUGUACCCACCAAAGAUCUUUUUGAGUGGCGAAAGGCAGUUCUAUCGUAUAAAUCCCUUUGCAGGUUUCUUAUUAGUGUGAAGCCAUUGUUAGGGAUUUGGGUUCACCAAAACCCGGAACUUGGGAAUGUUGUUUAUGUCAUGCCUGGUUUUGUUUCCGUAGUUGGUUGUCGGAUUAUCCCACAAGAGCUAGGUCCUUUAGGUAUGGAGGAUGGUCCUAUUCUUUGGGCACCUGUCUUUGAGGUGAUAUGUGAUAAUAAUGGGCUAACCAUGUUUAUUUUACAUGGAAGAGAUAAGGAUGGUGAUUAUAUCUAUCCUGGUUCAGUUAAGUCAGUUGAGAAGACUUGUAAUGUAUUACUGCUUGAAGUUGAGCCUAUAAAAGGGAAAAAGAGGGGUAAUUUGGUGCACAGUGAAAGCUUUGGUACCCAUUCAGACGAUGAAAUUGGUAGUAAGAAGGCUUAUAGAUCAGAAAGUAGGGUUUCAAAAUCACAGAGGUUUGCUGAACCAAGUGUGAUAACGGUGCCUUUCAGUAAGUUAUCAUUUGGAGACAGGAGGAAAUUACUUGAAAUUGUUACCAGCCAAGUCCGAAUGCAAGUUCCUGAUUCAGCUUCUGCACCGCUGUUUCCUUGUUUGAGGAGUGAUGAACACAAUUUUCAGAAAGACAUAGUGCACUUAAUUGAACGGCGAGCAAUGUUAAUUAAAAUGCAUGGGUAUGGAAAGGAUUACAUUGAUUGGAAUGAUAGUUGUGAACUACCUUAUCUUCCAAAUCAGAUUGAUCUGAGUGAAAUAAAGAAGACUCUUGACCGUUCAAGUGGCUUCCGCAAUUCCCUUAGUGGAGAUGACACUCGCACACAAUGUGCAAAGAAGAAAACACUUGGUGACUAUGUGAGGGAUUGUACUCGACAAAUGCUUAGGAGAUCUAGCUCAAUGAAUAGUAGCCGUGGAAUUAGGAAGAAUUGUUCUUCUAGCAGUGAGAACAAGCAUGCUCAACUUCAUGAUUUCCUAAGUUCAGGAGAUACAAUAGGACUAACAUUACAUGCAUCAACCAUGAAGUUAUCUUCAUAUCGAGCAUGGCCGAAUAUGCACGAUAGUCGAUUUGCUUUGUACAAGUUGCCUAUUCGAGUACCUGUAGUUGGUCAAGACUAUGCUGGGUUGUGGGGAGGAACUUUUGGGUGGCCUCCUGGAAAGCCUACUGAAGACAAACCAGGAAAGGCUCUAUUCUUUCUUGUUCUUUCCUACUAUGAAGAGUCACCAGGGCAAAAACUACUUAUUGCUACCAAAAUAUUAGAAGGCACACAUUAUGUUUUGCAUCCAAAUGGUUCUGCUAUGUUUAUUGUGAAUGUUAAUGAACCUUCAGAUGAGCCGUUCCCUUGGGAUUGUGGUGCAGAUGCGGUUCCUCUUACUGUUAAGCAAUCUUUUUCUGGUGAAGGUAUUGCUAAUGGUUAUGGGUUUAGAUAUCCUGGCUCAAAGCCUGGUUCACUUUUUGUUCUCCAAGAUGGAAUGCUUGCUUUUAUCUGGAAAGAAACAGGGGCUGUUUUGACAUUGCAGAGGCUUAAAUUGGAAGAGCUUUUAAAGAAAGGUGAGGGGAUACCUGCUCUUCCGCCUAUCACCAACUUUUCAUACUUAACAAAGUCCUAUUCAAAUGUGUUUGCUGGCUUUGCCAACACGACAACAUCCUUUACGUCACCAAGGAGAAACCGUUUGUAGGCCGGACGCAUUGAAGUCCAUGUACAGAACACAAGUUCUACUACCAUUACGUUGGUACAGCAGAUAUGGCUUGAAGCUUUGAAGCUCUUAGCAGCCGUAUCUCAAUACUUAGCUUCUUCUCAUAAUUUUUUAUGAAAACAUAUUAUUAAUAAAAAGAGUGAUUUAUACUGAAUUGUGUAAAAGUUAGGGUAAUAGUAAUACUACUUAUUCAAUAAGAAUUCUGAAAUGUAUACAUGAACGUCAAAUCGACAACAAUGCUUAGAUACUUAUAGUUCUGUAUGAUGAAAUCAAAAAUUUAAGCACAGAAUAUAGGUGAGUUUAUACUUCCAUA